UUGCCACAGCAGCGGCGCUCUGAAACCGAGCCCAGCCCGAGCCGGCGGUCGGGGCGCGCCAUGGAGGGGCUGGAAGGUGAGGUUACAGUGCAAACUGGAGAUCUGUUGCCAUGUAAGAUUUGUGGAAGAACUUUCUUUCCAGCAGCGCUGAAAAAGCAUGGACCCAUUUGCCAAAAAACUUCUGCCAAGAAAAGGAAGACAUUCGAUUCCAGCCGACAGAGAGCAGAAGGAACUGACAUUCCCACAGUGAAACCUCUUAAGCCACGGCCAGAACCACCCAAAAAACCUUCUAAUUGGAGACGAAAGCAUGAGGAAUUUAUAGCAACUAUACGAGCAGCCAAAGGACUUAAUCUUAAAGACGGUGGAAAACUCCCUCCACCACCUCCACCAUCAUAUGAUCCUGAUUACAUUCAGUGUCCAUACUGUCAGAGGAGAUUUAAUGAAAAUGCAGCUGACAGGCACAUCAAUUUCUGUAAGGAGCAAGCUGCACGUAUUACCAAUAAGGGGAAAUUGGCAACUGAUACCAAAGGGAAGCUUCCUACUCGAACACAGUACAAACCUGCUCCAGUUAAGAAGAUGCCUUCUGUAGGAUCAACACCAUCACCAUCAUCACGCUUACCACAGCCAAGUGGUGUUAGCAAAACUGUUGUAGGUGUGUCUUCAAGUAAAGCACUGUCUUCAUCCACUGGGAGCAAAAUUCAGACUUUAUCACCAGCUCAUAAAAACUCGCUGGGAGCAGUGAACCCACAAGCAGGAGGUGCAACAAAAACCCGGACGUCAACCCCUCCUAGUGUGGCAAGAGCCAUGAGCACUGGUGCUUUGACAAACAGAAGAAAAACUAGCAAUUCAGACAUUUCCUUAAGGUCUGAUGGGAAAACUGGGUAUGACAAUGGAGACUGCUCAUCCUCAGUGAAUGGAGGAAGUGCAAAAAGCAGUGAAGGAAUUUCACCUGUACAAUUAUCCAAGUUCUGCCAUGAAUGUGGAACAAAGUAUCCAGUGGAAUGGGCAAAGUUCUGCUAUAAGCCUGCUUUGGAGAACUUGCCCUGGACUUGGGCCAUGGAGGUCUGCAGACUGACGUAUUGUGAGCUGAGAGUCCAACAGCAAAGAUACCAGUCCAGAAUAGAUUUGAUUAGAUAGUAAAUCUACUCUUACCUGAUGAAUUUGAAGUUGUUUCUGCUGGAAAAUGCAUUUUCCAUUUAUUAAAAAUGCUUUCUACAAAGGCAGUAGUAUUUAGUAUGGUACUAAACACCUUUCAGAUUUUCCAGGAUUAUUGUAACUGUAGGAAAAAACAUAUUGACUCUUUCUCCUUUGAACUGUAGGUGGCAGAUGGCCUAAUUCCAAAUCAGUACUCAUACAGUUACUGUAUUUUCUGCUUUGUGAGCUGCUUGUGAGAUUCUUUGCUUUCAGUGCAGCAUUUAGUAAAUUACUUGAGCAACACAUAAUUUGAUUCUUUUACACUUAUGUGAUUUAUCAUGAGGGUUAGAUAGAGAAUUAACCUGAAUGCAAAAAAAGGUUUUUAAAACUGAUCUUUUAAUUUGGCCCUACAAAGAAGGUCUAUGAAACAUAAUUGACUAUUGAUAAUAACACUGGAUAAUGUGUAUGUGUUGUAAUCCACAGUAAAUAUAAGCAGACAAUUAAAUUCUUUUUGACUGUGUAGUUUGGUGCUGUAUGGUAAGACUUAUGAGGCCCAAUAUGUUUUGUGUUUAUCAACUGAAUAAUAUUUUGUGAAUAUUAACUGUGUUUAUCAACUGGUUUUGUUACUGAAUGACAUAGGUUUCUGAAGUCUGUGAUGUUACAGACCCUAACCUGUAUUACUGAAGGUAUAAGCACAGAUCACUGUAAUUCCAUCUCAGUGGAUGUUUGUACAAAACAAUGGAUUUGUUUUCAUAACGUCCUCAAAGAACUGAACAUGGGAAACAAAUUUGUUAAUAUUUAAAGAAAAAAAACCAAAUUUGUUAUAUUUAAAGAAAAAAAAAAACUUUCAGAGAGUUGGACUGAAUUUUCAAUCUUUAGUGUAUUACAUGUGUCAAGAAGUUCCCAGAUUUAAUUUAUUGGUGAUCUACAUCCAAACCCUCUUGCUGUAGUCUUCUCCGCACCCUUAUGCCUUGGUUUUCAUGGGAGAAAAAAACAUGAACUAUGCACUGUCUGUUUAUACUGAAAUUUAGUGAUGCAAUCGUUGUGAUGAUUCCUAUACCAAUGUCUAACUCUAUGACAGAUUUACUGUCUGCCAUUUUAUCUUCCUAAUGUUCUUACUAAGGUUCUUCCAUUCAUUAAAUAAGUGGGGGGGGGGGGGCGACAGUGAAAGGUCAACAGUAAAAUUCCAUUUAAAGUAACAGGAAGAGACUGGUUUUGAUGUUUGGUCUGAGGGAGUUUGUAUUCCCAUUCUACUUUUAUGAUUUUCUCUUAUACAAAGGACCUCUCUGUGCCAGGAAGUAGUGCAAGGUCAUUGGAACUAUGCUGAUAGAAGUGCAAUGGAGUUAUGAAAAAGGCUAGCUUCAAUAGUAAAGACAGCAUAAAGCUUAAUCUCUAUAUAAUGUACUUUACACAGGUGUAUAUUUAUGCAUGAUGUCCACACCCUAGGUAGUUUCAGAACUGGAAUCUCCAAAUAUACAGCAAUUAAAGUAUGUGUUUAUAUGAAUAAUUAGUCUUACACACCACUGCAAGGAGGUGGGCACAGGGAGAUGCUUCACCCCCAUUUCAGGUUGUAACUAUGAAAUGAACAUAUAGGCAGAAUUUUUCAAAUUUGCCAAAGAGACUCGAAGAGCCCUUGAACUCCCUGGAAGGAGGGAGAAAACUCCACCUGAGGGUUCCCUGGCUGGGAAGGCGUCAGGCAGGGGGAGCUCUCCACGGUGCUCCGGCACUGAGCCGCUCCAGUGCAGCCACGCAUCCUGUGCCUUCACAGGAUGGGAACUCCAGAUUGUAUUGCAGCACCUGACCCAGUCUUUAUGCAUCAUGGAAGUGUUCUGUUAUCUGCAAGGGACUAGCUUCUAAUUCACCAUCACAGCUGAGAGCUGGUGCCUGAAAUGCAGGGAGAGCGUUUUCGUGAUGCCUGCUUAACCGAGUCAGUGGAAGGAGAUAUGACUGCAGUACUUUAAAUAAACAAGAUAGGUGCACACUGAUGUAGACUAUGUAAAUAGUCUGCAUAUAAAAUUGAAUGGUAUUGUCUAUGUAUUACAAAGGUCACAAGAAGUGCUAGUUUCCAUCACAUAGACUGUAUAACUGCAAAGAACAAACCUGUUGUGAGUGUUUUUAAUCUUGGCUGAAAAAAUUCUUUAGUAAGAGCACUUUUUUCUAUUUUAUUUCUAUCCAGUUUGACUAAGCUAUGAAUAGUUAUAUGGGUUGUAUGAGAAGGUAGAAUUUUCAUCUUUAGUAAAAUUUGUUUUAGUGACUCUGGUGAAAAUAGUUUAAUUGCCUUUCAAGUACAGCUUAUUCCAGCUUGUGAUUGUUUUGUUGCUGGUUGGUUUGGUUGGUUUUUUUCCAUCUUGCCAAGUAAGGUUUGAGUGACCUAAUUGUGUUGUUUGAAGAAGUGUUAGGUAAAAGACUUCAUUAGCUGAAUUCAGUAGUUACUUGGUUGAUAUUUUUGUUCCAGUAUUCACAGUAUAAGAGAUUACUCUUGCAUACUAGUUCAUUUUUUGGUUUGUUUUUGGUUUGGUUUUUUGGUGUUACAUCAGUCCAGAAUAAUAUACAUUUCUGGAGGAUCCUGUUUAGCCCCAUUCUACAUCAUCUUGCCAGAAAACAGGUUCUUCACAUUUUCUCUUAAUAAGUGUUCGUUCUUUGCAAAAGUAAUUGAUAGGGAAAUUAUAUUUCCCCAAUUAGAACAUUUGAGUCAGCAAAUCAAAUACUCAGUUUAAUGUGGCUGAAUACUGAACCCGCGUUCUAAACAGAAGUGCAUGGUUUACCAUAGUUCUAUAUUUCAGUUUGGCUUUCUGGCAGAACCAUGGAUUUGGGUGGGAUCUAUAAAGUGCUGAGUACACUACAACUGUUACAAAACCUACUUUAUGUGAUUGCUCUAACUCUUGGUGUUCAUCCUUCAUAUGACACUUAAUAUGUUUCUCUUCAUAAGUUUAUUUAUUAAUGUUCUGUGUUUUUAAAUGGUGUGUUCAUUUGUGGAGGUGAUUAAUUUCUUCAGCAUUGCAUUUAUUAUGUUUGCCUUGCCCCUCAUUACAUGGAAUAUUUGUUUGUGACCAUCCAGUGAGGGUUUUUUUUUUUGCCAGAAUUCCUUGGUUUGUUUGCCUCUUAUUUCAUAUAUUAUGUUUAUUUUAAAGUGUCAGUUCUGUUUUAAUUAAUAAAUGUAAAUCACCACCUAAUGCUAAUUUGCCACUUGUUAACAAUAAAGCAAAUAUGUCA